AUGGUGCUUGCGCCCUUUGAGCGCUUCGUGGAUGAGAGCGCCAGCCUGCACGAGGAGAUCUCUCUGGCGGGCCCAGACUUCCUCUUCGGCGCAGAUUAUGAGGUCUGCAUGCGCAUGGGCACCUCUCUUCGCUGGGGCGGCUGGUCCCUGCCAGAACCGGUCAGCUUAGCCAUCCAUCCCCCGCAGCCAGCCGGCACCUUGCAGCUCGAGGAUCUGCGGCUGGCAGAUGGAGCAACCUUCUUCAAGCUGACCUGGCCUGCUUUCGACACGCAUCCCUUGUGCAACCUCAUCGAGUACCGGAUCCGCAUGCAGCGGGUGUCACGCUUCAAGUACAUGAGCCGCCUCUCUGCAGAAAUCGCUGCCAGAUCCGAGGAGAGCCUUGCUGCGCAAGAGAAAUCCUACGUGGUUGGCACGAUUCGCGUGCGUGUGCCGCAGAAGGAUGGCCUAGCGAGGGGUUUUGGCGAUGCCUACAAGGACACAGAGAGGGAAGCUCUUGAGUUUGUGCACAGCAUUGCUGCGGACCCUGAGUGUGGAUACCGUUUCUUCGUGGAUGCCAAGCACGAGCGCUACCGAGAAGUAGAUGGACACCAGGAGACUCCUUCUUGA